AUGACGACCAGCUUAUCUGGCCUUGUCACGAUUGAAAACAUACAGUAUCGCAAUAGGGCGAUUCUACCCAACGACAACGAUGCAGAACAACUAGUCUGUGUCGUUCCUGGUCCCGAAGACUCUGACCUUCAAGUGUGGGAAGUGAUCCCUAGCACUAGCAAUCGAUAUGAGAUCAAGAGUCACAAAUUCAAGCAAACAGCCUAUGCAGAGUAUGCGUACGAGCAUCAGAGGCUCGUGGCUAGAUCUAAGGUUUCAUUCUGGUGGUCGAUUCAACCAGCAGCAACAUAUGGGCCGGACACUUACUUCAUUCGACAUUAUGUGGAGUCAAACUUAUGCUGGCACUUGAAUGAUGGGACUCAUAACACACCUAUCUGCCUGAAGGAUUUCGCGCAGGAUCGUCAGAGUAUUUGGAAAAUUAUUCCGUAUUCGCUUUCCUGCAUCAGUGGAAAUGCCACUCAAGCCAUUCAGGCCUCUCGCCCCUCAAUCACCCCACCCAUUUCGGCUUCCAUGACUGAGCCUUUGGAGAUGUUCAACUCGACAAUGGAUGUAUAUUCAGAGGUUUGUCCUUCUACGGCUGUCGCACUGAAGCUUCUGCGGUGUGCGUCCGAGAUGAUUGUCGACUGUAGCAGCAUCGAAGCAUCGAAUGUCCAUAUAUCUAGACUGCUUGGAAAGAUCAAGGUCGUAUACGGGCUGCUCUUGGAGAGGAGAUCGUCAAUUGUCAAAUCCGAUAUGGAAGAGGUCUUGGUGAGGUUAGCACGGCAGAUGCUGGAGUGUGCCGAUUUCGUAGCAUAUUACCCGGAGAAGGUAGCGUUUUGGAUGAAACACAAGAAGCAUAUUGAUCGGGAGACACGUGGGGAGGUUCAACGCUUCAAUCUUGUCUUAGACAGACUCAUCGACUGCGUGCAACGAGGCAGUGCUGAUGUCAACUCAAUCCGUAUCCAUAGAUCCGUUUUGGAUGUGGACUUGAGCCAGCUUGAAUACGUGACCGGAGCCGGACUAAACGGAUCCAAGCAGUGUCUUCCAGGGACCCGAACAGAGAUUUCCACCAUGCUCAAGGACUUCGUCUACGCGAAUGGAGCGGAUGCAAAGCGAAUCUUUUGGUUAAAUGGGAUGGCAGGCAAGGGCAAGUCGGCGAUUGCACACACGACGGCAGAAUGGUUCGAGGCGCGCGGCGGGCUGGGGUCAUUUUUUUGCUUUGAUCGAACACGGACAGCAGAUGGGCGACACAAGAAAAUAUGGACUACUAUCGCGCGCGAUUUGGCCAAUCAUGAUCCCCUCUUCCGCCGCGAGCUCGCUCAUGUAUUAGAUGAUCCUAAUGGACUCAGGAAUACCGAGUAUUCCGCUCAGCAAUGGACCGGAUUGCGCGAUGUCCUGAACAAAGUGACAUCAACGAUCAUGGAUGUGCCUGUCCUUAUCGUCAUCGACGCUCUGGAUGAAAGUGGUGAUGAAGACACUCGUAGAGAGAUCCUUCAGCUCCUUUCUGGCCGGCGAGGCACAAUUGCGAAUCUUCCCCCAAAUGUCCGUAUUGUGAUUACUUCCCGCCCUCUUCCCGACAUUCGUCAUGGCUUGGACAAAGUGCCACAUGUUCAGCACUUUUCCCUGGAUGAUAUCCUCCCCGAAAGCGAUAUGAAGAAGUACAUCGACGCCGAACUGAAUCGUCCAGGUGCCUUUGGGGAGGAUGACAUUACCGAGUUUGCACGUAAGUCUGAUGGUGUGUUUGAAUGGACCCGACUCGCAUGCCUGUACAUCAGGGAGGGGGCCCUGUUGUAUAAGGACCGAUUCCGAACCGUGAUCUCCGGCACCUCAGCGAAGGGAACGCAACUGCUGGACCAUAUGUAUCGACUGACGUUGGAAGACACCCUGCCCAAGGAUGACCGUGUGAAUGGAAUUGUCGUGUUCUGCUCUGUGAUGGGACAAAUUGUUGCCUCAGCGGAGCCUCCCUCGAUAUCUACUUUAGCUGCAAUGAGACAGCACUUGACAUGGGAAGGUACUGCGGGCGCAGCACUACAAUCCAUAUCUGCGCGGGACGUCGUCGAACAUCUAGGUGCCCUUCUCACUGGCGUCACAGACAAUUGCACACCUAUUCGGCCUCUACAUGCAUCUUUUUAUGACUUCCUGGGAGACAAAACUCGGAGCGGGGAAUUCUAUGUGGGAGAAUUAUCUACACAUCACCGAAAGCUGGCGUUUGCAUGCCUGGGUGUCAUGAAUGCGGAACUCCGAUUCAACAUAUGCAAGUUGAAGAGCUCCUACGUACCCAAUUCCGAUGUUGCUGACAUGCCACAACGCAUCAAAAAGUUCAUUUCCUCUCAGUUAAACUACUCUUGUCGAUUCUGGACAUUCCACGUGUUGGCCACGCCUAUCGAGCAAGCUCUGGCAGACAAGCUCUGGCGCUUCUUCGAGGAGAGUGUACUGUUCUGGCUCGAGGUGCUGAGUCUUACACAAAGUCUGAGUGGUCCCGCGUCAGCGUUGUAUUCAAUUUCAUGCAUGUUCACGUCCGUGUGGGAUGCGCAGACGGGCGUGCAAUCGCUCCCUGCUUUCGACGGUCAUACGGGCGGUGUCUUGUCUGUUGCAUUCUCGCCCGAUGGACGACACAUUGUGUCCGGAUCUAGGGACAACACAAUCCGUGUGUGGGAUGCGCAGGCAGGCGCGCAAUUGCUCCCUGCUUUCGACGGUCAUACGAGCUGGGUAACAUCUGUUGCAUUCUCGCCUGAUGGACGAUACAUUGUGUCCGGAUCUUUCGGCGGGACAAUCCGUGUGUGGGAUGCGCAGACGGGCGUGCAACCGCUCCCUGCUUUCAAGGGUCAUACGCGCAGUGACAAGACAAUCCGUGUGUGGGAUGCGCAGACGAGCGCGCAAUCGCUCCCUGCUUUCGAGGGUCAUACGAGAGGAGUCAACUCUGUUGCAUUCUCGCCUGAUGGACAAUACAUUGUAUCCGGAUCUGAGGACAACACAAUCCGUGUGUGGGAUGUGCAGACGGGCGUGCAACCGCUCCCUGCUUUCGACGGUCAUACGAGCAGUGUCUUGUCUGUUGCAUUCUCACCUGAUGGACGACAUAUUGUGUCCGGAUCUUUGGACAAGACAAUCCGUGUGGGGAUGCGCAGACGGGCGUGCAAUCGCUCCCUGCUUUCGACGGUCAUACGCACUGGGUCAACUCUGUUGUAUUCUCGCCUGAUGGACAACACAUUGUGUCCGGAUCUGAGGACAACACAAUCCGUGUGUGGGAUGCGCAGAUGGGGGUGCGAUCCUGUCCUGCUCUCGAAGGAUAUACAGGCGACGUCACGUCUAUUCCAGCCUCACCUCAUUCCCCACUCGCAGCGUCUGCAUCCCGGGCAGCGGCAUUGGAUCCAUGCCAUACACAUAAUUGUAAGUCUCAUAAUCGUUUCUCUACAUCUGGUCAUCUGA